CCGCCGCCGCGCCGCAAAGCCAGCUUGUCGGCCCGCGAGCGCGGCGCUAUGGCUGGGCGCUCGAGGGACCCGCCGCUUCAGCAGCCGCCCGGCGACACAAUCACUUCCGGUUUCACUUCCCCCAACCCCCCAGCAGCAGCAGCUCAGGAGGUCAGACCUGCCACGGAUGGUAGCAGCAGCUCCUCCUCCUCCUCCACCAAGAAGAGAAAGCUAAAUAGUAAUAGCAACAGUAGUGAGAAAGAAGAAGUUGACUCCAUCUCCUCCUGUUCGUCCCUUCUUUCUAGAAACAGCAGUUCAUCCUUGCCUGCUCUCAUUAUCACCGCCUCCACUGCCUCCUGUUCCUCCUCAGGGGUAGCUUCUUCCAACCAUCACCUGCAGAAGAAGCUGCGCUUUGAGGACUCCUUGGAUUUUAUUGGACUUGAUGUGAAGAUGGCCGAAGAGUCUUCCUCGUCGUCCUCAUCAUCACCUGCUGCAUCUUCGCAGCAGCACCAGCAGCUCAAAAACAAAAGCCUCUUAAUUUCCUCAGCUGUGGGGCAUCACGCAAAUGGCCUGACCAAAGCUGCCUCCUCCACAGUCUCCAGUUUUGCAAACAGUAAACCUGGGUCAGCCAAGAAGUUAGUGAUCAAGAACUUUAAAGAUAAACCUAAACUGCCUGAAAAUUAUACAGAUGAAACCUGGCAAAAACUGAAAGAAGCUGUGGAAGCUAUUCAGAACAGUACUUCAAUUAAGUACAACUUAGAAGAGCUUUACCAGGCUGUUGAAAAUCUUUGCUCCUACAAAAUUUCUGCAAAUUUGUACAAGCAAUUAAGGCAGAUUUGUGAAGACCAUAUCAAAGCACAGAUUCAUCAGUUCAGAGAGGAUUCAUUGGACAGUGUUCUUUUCCUCAAGAAAAUAGACAAAUGUUGGCAAGACCAUUGCAGACAAAUGAUAAUGAUUAGAAGUAUCUUUUUGUUCCUGGAUCGAACCUAUGUUCUUCAAAAUUCAAUGCUGCCAUCAAUUUGGGAUAUGGGGCUCGAAUUGUUUAGGACUCAUAUAAUUAGCGAUCAGAAAGUCCAGAACAAAACCAUUGAUGGCAUCCUUCUCUUGAUCGAGAGAGAAAGAAAUGGAGAGGCUAUUGACAGGAGUCUGCUCCGCAGCCUCCUAAGCAUGCUUUCGGAUUUACAAAUUUAUCAGGAUUCUUUUGAGCACAGAUUCUUGGAAGAAACAAAUCGUCUAUAUGCCGCAGAAGGACAGAGGCUUAUGCAGGAAAGAGAGGUUCCAGAAUAUCUCCAUCAUGUCAAUAAACGCUUGGAAGAAGAGGCAGACAGGAUUAUAACUUACCUGGAUCAAAGCACUCAGAAACCUCUAAUUGCCACUGUAGAAAAACAGUUGCUAGGUGAACAUUUAACAGCCAUUCUACAGAAAGGUUUAAAUCAUCUGCUGGACGAGAAUCGAAUUCAGGAUUUGUCACUACUCUAUCAGUUGUUCAGUAGGGUCAAAAAUGGAGUGCAGGCUCUCUUGCAGCAGUGGAUCGAAUACAUAAAGGCAUUUGGUAGCACCAUUGUCAUUAAUCCAGAAAAAGACAAAACGAUGGUCCAAGAGCUGCUAGAUUUUAAGGAUAAAGUGGAUCACAUCAUCGACAUCUGUUUUUUGAAAAACGAGAAGUUUGUCAAUGCCAUGAAAGAAGCUUUUGAAACGUUCAUCAACAAAAGACCCAAUAAACCCGCUGAACUCAUAGCUAAAUAUGUGGAUUCAAAACUUCGUGCAGGCAACAAAGAAGCUACUGAUGAGGAGCUUGAAAAAAUGCUGGAUAAAAUAAUGAUCAUAUUUAGAUUCAUCUACGGAAAAGAUGUCUUUGAGGCCUUUUACAAGAAGGAUCUAGCAAAGCGACUAUUAGUAGGCAAAAGUGCCUCUGUAGAUGCUGAAAAAUCCAUGCUGUCGAAACUCAAACAUGAAUGUGGUGCUGCUUUCACCAGCAAACUUGAAGGAAUGUUUAAAGACAUGGAGCUCUCUAAAGAUAUUAUGAUACAAUUUAAGCAAUAUAUGCAAAAUCAGAAUGUACCUGGUAACAUUGAACUCACCGUGAAUAUCUUGACUAUGGGCUACUGGCCUACGUACGUGCCUAUGGAGGUCCACCUGCCAUCAGAGAUGGUGAAGCUGCAGGAGAUAUUUAAGACUUUUUAUCUGGGAAAACACAGUGGCAGGAAACUUCAGUGGCAGUCAACAUUAGGACACUGUGUAUUGAAAGCUGAAUUUAAAGAGGGCAAGAAAGAGCUGCAGGUGUCUUUGUUCCAGACUCUAGUGCUGCUUAUGUUUAACGAAAGUGAAGAAUUCAGUUUAGAAGAAAUAAAACAAGCCACUGGAAUAGAGGAUGGAGAACUAAGGCGAACCCUCCAGUCGUUAGCCUGCGGCAAGGCCCGAGUGCUAACCAAAAGCCCCAAAGGCAAAGAUGUGGAAGAUGGAGACAAAUUCACUUGCAAUGAUGACUUCAGGCAUAAGCUCUUCCGGAUAAAAAUCAAUCAGAUCCAGAUGAAAGAAACGGUAGAAGAACAAGCAAGCACUACAGAGAGGGUCUUUCAGGACCGCCAAUACCAAAUUGAUGCUGCAAUAGUGAGAAUCAUGAAAAUGCGCAAGACACUUACCCACAAUCUGCUUGUCUCUGAAGUGUACAACCAGCUGAAAUUCCCAGUAAAGCCUGCUGACCUUAAGAAGAGAAUAGAAUCGUUAAUUGACAGAGAUUACAUGGAGAGAGACAAGGAGAACCCCAAUCAGUACAACUACAUUGCAUAAACCCACGAUGAGCCUUUUUUCCUUUUCUGCACACUGAUGUUCUUGGUUACUGAAGGAUAAACAAGCCUGUUGAUCCCAUUAAAUUAACCUUUUUCUACUACCAAUGACUGAAUGAAAGCAACAUAAUGGGAUUGUGGGUGGGGGGAGAAACAUAGUCGAGUGGUCUUUUUCAGUGGCUUUUACAUGCCCAUUUAAAGAGUAGUAGUUACAUUUUUACGAAGAAUGCUGUUGAACUCUUUGCAUGAUACUUGGUAUGAACUGCAGAAAAUUGUAAGGAAGUAUCUGGUCUCUGUAAUUCCAUCCCUUCCUUCAGGUCUAAAGGGACAGUCUCUCUUUGGCAGAUAGCUCUCAUCCCAUUUUGAAAAAAUAAAAAAAUGUGUAACCUUUUUAUUAAAAAGCAAAACCCCAAGUUACAGCCUUUUUUUAAAAAAAUGCUUAAACUGCAUGCAAAUUUCUAACUAUUAUAUAAAAUUAUUGGGUUUGUUUAUUGGACAACAAAGCCUGUGUGGAUUGGCAGUCUUCAGAAUCGCAAAAGCCAGUCUCAUGUUCCUAAACGUAAUAAAUUGUUCUGUAGGUGUUAGAAAGAAAAGCAUACCUCUGACUGGAUUUCUAAGGUCGAGAAAACGUACCUAAAGUGCUUGGAUUUGUGCUGCCAAUAUUACUGUGAAAAGCUUAAGGGAAUUAGGCUGCUGCUUACUCCCUUCAUCCUCAAAUGUAAGUACUUUUAAAAAUAAAACAAUUCAUGAUGUCAAAGUUAGUUUUUGUCGGGAGGGAUUUUAAGAAGCUCAUUUUUCAGAGAAGGAAGCUCUUAAACGACUGAAUGCAAGGGCAUAAUGUGAUUGCUGCUCUGGAUGUUUUCUCCCCUCUCUCCGAACAAAAUUUAGAGGUUUUUUACUUCCACCAAAUGGUAUAUGCUUUGUUGUUAGACCAGGAAUUGAACAGGUCUUAAUAAAAAGGCACUCUCGUUGGACCACAGCUUCGCUUGACGGCAGAGAAGUACCGGCAUCCCUGGGUCCCCUUGAACUCCAGCCGUAUAGCCAGAGCCAGUAGGAGAAUUGUCGCCUAAUCAGUAUUUCUCAACCUUGGCAACUUUAAGAUGUGUAGACUUCAACUCCCAGAAUUCUGGGCGUUGAAGUCCACACAUCUUAAAGUUGCCACGGUUGAGAAACACUGGCGCAAAUAAUGCUACUGCUCUCUGUUCAUUAAGCCAUGCUGGAUUCUGGGAAAGGAAAUGGGCCAUUCCUAGAGAGGGUUGGAUUUGCUUAACAUGGUGCCCAACAUAAUGGUCCCCUUUCCCCACCUGAUCCCUUCCCACUACAGCACAGCUGUAAGUCCCAGAAUUGCCCAGUCAGCUAGGAGGGAAUUCUGAGAGCUGCAGAUCCAGCAAUUCCAGAGUGUGCCCCUUGGUGAAGUCUGCGGUGGUCUUCUUCAAGUACACACAAUUCCAAGAGAAGGUCAGGAAGGUAUUAGGAGCGUCCCAAUGCUGCUUUUGACUCACGGCAGCCUCAGCAAUCUACGUUCACCGUUUUCAAUUUACUACACCAAAUCUGUGGGCUGAAUUUGUUUUCUGCCAGAAGAUCCUGUAUUGUUGCCUGUGUGCGUUGCACCCAAAGUCCUCUUUUUUUCCCCAACACUUUAAGAACUGUAUUCAUAUUCAGUGUUCAUCUCCUCUCUGAACCACUGAAUCAAUGCUGAUCAUAACUGUGGCCCAUCAGAGCUGACUUGGCAUGGUUUUCCAUAAGUAUCCCCACCCAGAAUCACCCAAUCCUCCUAUCUCUGAAUUGAAAAUCUCUUUACACUUUAAGCCUUCUUCUCCCUUCCUGGCACAAACCCCCAGUGGAAACAUUUAGUCAUCCAUGGCCUCCCUAACCUGCUCAUCUGGAAGAGGAGAGGAAUAUUUCCAGCAUAAGAAAGACAUUUAAGUACAAGCUUCUACCGUUCACACAGGUUAUCCAGCAAGCAGUCUUGCUGGCACAUUUGAGCCUAGGAACUCAAGGAGACAGGCAUUCAUCACAGGAGGGUGGUGUUGUUUUUAAUCUUUUUCCCAUCCUUGCAGUGGCUCUUAUUUUUUUUUCCUCCCUGAGUAAACCUUAGAGAGACUCCGUAAGGGGGAGAAAAUAUUCAGAGUAAGCCAAAACACCAAAGCAUUCCCCCAUUUUCCCCUAAGUGAUGCUGAGCAAUGAGAAUAGCUAUUUUCCAGCCAUAUUGGCCAGCAACUUUUCUUUCUGCUGGCAUUGUGUGCCUGCUUUAUUGAGCCAUAAAAAUAUUUAUAAUAGAUAUGUAUAUAAAAAUACUUUCUCCUUUUUUCCCUCCGUGGGCUGAAGCCGAGACCCACAGCUUGUCUGGCCAUACAUUUUUAAAUCUUUUCCCUGUUGCAUGCAGUUUAUAGCAGCCUCCUUUCUAUGAAAUCAGAAUUUCUGCUGAUAAAUGUUUUAGUUUGAGGGUUUUUUAACAAAAACUUUAUACCCAACAAAAUGAAUUUUUUCCUUUCUUUGCUGAUUUAAGUUUAAGUGACCACAUUGUUUCAAAACUAAUGACAAAGGUGUUGAAAAAAAUUGUUCUAUAGUAUACACAAAGGUGCCAAAGUACAUAUAGUUAAUUUAAAAAAUAGAUAAUUGUUAAGAUUACUUUAGCUGUGGUUUUACCUUUAUUGAUCUUUCAGAUGCUCAUUUUAUCUGUCCACGAGUGCCCCCAUUUCUAUGUGCAUAAUGUGUGUUCCUGUCAGUUUCUCCAAAACACAGCAUUUGUCCUUCCUUUUCUCUUCAAAACAAAAUGUUUUUUUUUUGUGCAUUGGAAAAUAUCACUUUUACUUUUAGUGACUUCAUAUAUUCAAAAAAGCAUCUCCUCCCCCCCACUCCACAAAUGUUUGAAACUCUUAAGAGUACAGCAGCAUUCAAAAAUGUAAUAUACUUUUUGUAUAAACACAUUCUUUGGAAAGAAUACCUUUGGAAUUGCUGGGAGGGAGGGAACAGGCAGCAGUGGGAGGGGAAAAAUAACCCUGUUUCUUUUAAGAAGCCACUUCAGUAGGCUAUUUAAGAUUGUGCUUGUUUAUUGCAUAGAAGUGUUCUAUUUACACACGUCUGCAAACGGGACAUGUCAGGAUUAAUUCCUUCAAUGCAAACAAAAUACCAAACCCAAACGAUUUCAAUGCUUCAUAAGUAAGUGGAUGGGUUCAGAGAGUCUCUUUGGUAAAUAAUGUAAAUACAUGUCCUUUAAAAAGAGUGAGUCUGUUAUCUAGGUAUUUUGUGUCAUUUAAUAAAUAAUAAACAGUUUUGUGUUGCUAAA